AAACAGUAAAAAUGCGGAAGAACAGGUGAAGGCUACAGACUAAAGCUGCGUCGUUUUGAACUUUGUAUCUUCACCCCCCGCUAAUCAAGCUGUGUGUGGAAAGUUAAAGCGGACUUCAAAUUCUCACCACUUAAAUACAGUUCAAUCCAUGCUUUGAAAUCCCGUCUUCUCUACCCCUUCUGUUUCUUUUUUCACGAGUCUCUCCAUUCAAACGUAAAAAACGGUGCCGUAUUUACGCUUGUUGGUGAAAGUGCGAGAUGGCGAUAGGAGCUGAGCACAAGUCACAGUCCGAUGGUAGAGUUUGGGGGUUUUUCAAGCUGCCAUUUCGGCAAACCGGGAACGCUACCGGUACGACGUCGUCUUCUUCCUUGUCGUCGAAUCUAUACGCUGAAACUCAACCUCAGAACGAAGGAUCGAACCGUCAUGCCUCUGCCAAUUCGGUUUCUGCCGUUGCGAAGUCGCUUUUGCCGACUCGGCGUCGCCUGAAACUUGAUCCCGCCAAUAAACUCUAUUUUCCAUAUGAACCUGGCAAACAGGUGAGGAGCGCGGUGAGGAUAAAAAACACUAGCAAGUCAUAUGCAGCUUUCAAGUUUCAAACAACAGCACCAAAGAGUUGUUUCAUGCGCCCUCCGGGUGCGAUCCUUGCCCCCGGUGAGGGCAUCAUAGCAACGGUGUUCAAGUUUGUAGAGCCUCCAGAGAACAAUGAAAAACCAAUGGAUCAAAAGCGCAAAGUUAAGUUCAAAAUCAUGAGUCUCAAGGUGAAAGGUCCAAUGGACUAUGUAUCUGAGCUGUUCGAUGAUCUGAAGGAUCAAGUGGCAAUAGAGCAAAUACUACGAGUCGUUUUUCUCGAUCCUGGCCGUCCUUGUCCUGCUCUGGAAAAACUGAAACGCCAAUUAGCCGAUGCCGAUGCUGAACUCGAGGCACGCAAAAAGCCUCCAGAGGAUGCAGGUCCAAAGAUUAUCGGAGAAGGACUCGUCAUAGACGAAUGGAAAGAGCGAAGAGAACGAUACCUUGCUCGGCAACAGGUUGAAGGUGUAGACUCGGUUUAAACCGGUAAUUGCUUUAUCAUGUCAUUGUAAUUCUAUAUAUUCAUCUCUUUGCGUAUGCCCCUAAAAUCUUUUCAUGUAACGUGUUUCAUCUGGAAGAAUGGUCGGAAACUCGAUAUCUUUCGAUGUUAUUAUAUAUAUAUAUAUAUAUAUAUAUAUAAGUGAGCUGAAUUUUCUGUAA